AUGUCUUGGCUUCAUUCGCCAAAGAAAUUCAUCAAAUUUCUGCUCAUCUUUGUACUCGCCACGGCAUUUCUAUUGUUCCUAUUACCAAAUUCAUAUGCCAAGAUAACAACCAAAAAAACCGACGCCAAUGCAGAUGAUCACACGUCUGCACCUGCCGUUCGAAAAACAGAAACAUCAGAGUUCAAUACAACGUGGGAUCAUGACCAAAAUCCUUGGGUGAUAGCAAAGUCAAUUUACAAUUCAACCAAUAGUAACCAGCUUGAUUUCUUGCAACGACUGACAACUUACACUACGGAAGGCCAUGAUUACGAUACCCUUUACAAUACACAGCCAUCAGGUGCAGCAGAGCAGUCAGUGACAAUCAUUUUACCUAUCUAUUCAAAAGAUGCUCUGUCGAAAUUGGACGUCAUCUCGAGCUGGACAUCCGAUGUAGACUAUCAGAUCUCGGUCAUCUGUUCAUCUCAACUCAAGGCCCAAAUCGAUGAGAAACUAGAGGAUCAGCAAGUCAAGAUUACCGUCAUCGACCGUUCUACCAUCACAACCAGUGCUAGCAGCAGUACUUUUGCACUGGGCACUGCUGGUGCCUCUAUCUGGCUUCAGCUGCUGAAUCAAAACGACAUUGACACAGACUACGUUUACAUUAUGGAUGAAAGCACACCUCUUACCGCUUCCUCGCUCAACGAGCUUGAUUAUCUGUUCAGAGUCAAUCAAUUAGAUGACUACAAGAACGCAUUCAUAGGCACAAGGGCGCUGGUACUAGCUCCUAAUCAAGAAACUGCUACUGAUAACUUUUGUUUACCUGUAAACAGUCAUUUGCCUAAUGACAUAUCUCAACCUGCUGAUAUGCUAUUAGGCGCAUGGCUUUUGAACAGAUCCUGGCUACCCUACGUCAUGACGGACAUGUCGUUGGAUGCACUCAAGCUACCUUUGGGCUACUACCUCAGUCUCAAUUUGAACAAUCGUCUCAGUAUCCCGACAAUCGCACUGCCCUUACCCCCCGAUGCACAGCAAACCAGCAGCAACAAGCUGCUCUGCGAAAAAGCACAAGAGCAAUGGAUCAGCAAUGCAGAAUGGAGAAGUCUUGUUACUAAAAACCGAUUCCCUACAGCUUUACAGUAUAGAUUUCUGUCAGAGCCGGGUGUAUUGGUCGUCGCUCAAGGGGCCAAACAGCUCAUUUCCUUGUACCCUGUGUUGUGUCGAUUCAAGAAAUACCCUGCUCACCUUGCCAUCAUGGGCAGCGAUAUUGAUGGAGACACUGUCAAGAAUGCCUUGCUGGAAACCAACUGCCACGACAAUGUCCAGGUGCAUGAUUUUAGUCAAAUGCGGGAACACACGGAGGAUGCCAGUAUCGGUAUGCUCGUCAAGACAAUUCGGCCUCGCAUCAUGAUCCAGAUUAAAUCCAACGAUGCCAUGUACUAUGCCCUGCAAGCCAUGGCAAAGACGCAUCAAGUUACCGAGAUUGGCUUGCCUGAGAAGGAGGUUGUCCAUGCCUUGUGGAUUCCUGAUCUUUCCUUGGAUGCAUUAACAUACUGGAACACCAUUAGUAUCAAACUAGUCGUCAUCACAGACAGAAGACCACAUUCCCUGUCUCGUCUACUGCAGUCUGCAGCUAAAUCCAUCUACGUCGGUGAUCAGGUCGAUUUGAUGAUUCAUAUGGAACAAUCAGCAGACCGUGUGACCCGUAUGCUAGUCAACAGCUUCCUAUGGCGUCAAGGCCAAAAAAUGAUCCGUCAUCGUAUUCGCAAAGGUGGCCUAAUGCCUGCCAUUGUCGAGUCAUGGUACCCAAGCAACAAUGACGAAUAUGCGGUCUUGCUAGAAGACGACAUUGAGGUAUCACCGCUCUUUUACGUCUGGUCCAAGUAUGCUAUUCUUAAAUACAGAUACAGUGGCAACAGUGAGGCCUAUCGUCUCAUGUAUGGUAUCAGCCUGUAUGCGCCUCGCAAUCUGGAAUUACCACCAGCUGGUCGUGUCACAUUUGAUCCCAACUCGGUGCUGUUGCCUGCUGGAUAUCCUGAGCAUAUUCCCUAUGCUAGUCAAGUUCCCUGUAGUUGGGGCGGUGUCUACUUCCCAGAACACUGGCGUGAGUUCCAUACGUACCUCGUGAGAAGACUCGAGGAUCUCAACCUUCCCAAAGAUCACCAGCAGCGCUUGAUCAGUGUCCCUGGCAGUCGUUCUGACAAGUGGAAAAAGUCGUGGAAGAAGUACUUUAUUGAGCUGGUCUACCUGCGUACCUAUCUCAUGCUUUAUCCCAACUUUCAAGAAUUUGAAGCCUUCUCUACAAACCAUGUGGAGUUUGGUACGCAUGUCAAGUCAGAGAAGCGUCAGUCUGUGAUUGGUACCUUCAUGGUGCCCUUAAUGCAGCGUGAUACCAUCUUGUCUCAAUUGCCAAACAGCAGCUUGCCCAUGUUUGAAGAUCUACCUGUGCUGGAUUUAUGGGGUCAAUUACAGACGGUGGAUGGCUUGGAGGCAAUUGCGAGCAAGUAUCACAAGCACGUCAGUACAUGCCCUCGAACGUAUGGCACAUUUGACCCUCUUGAAUUCUUCUGUGUGGUAGAUGGCCCUCCUGACCCAUUGCAGCAAUUCCCAAUGUCGCCAAAGAAACCUAAACCACCUGUUUUGAUCAAAGAUGCUGUUCAGCCUAUCCAGUACAACUAUGUGUAUGAUUACACAGAGGAACAAGAAGAGCAAGCACGCAAUGACAUGUUGGAAUUUGGGCCCAAGCCUAUCGAUGUCGCUCAAUUGCCCACAGUAGAGGAACGCUUCUCUAUCAAGGACGAUGAAAUGCUGGAUCUGGAGAACGAUCUGGAUACCUUGAACAGACUGUAUCUCAAGUUGAAUCCUGAACAUCUCGAAUUUCUGGAGGACGAAAAGAUGGAGAUGGGUGACGAAGAAGACGAUAAUGUUGAGGAGGACGAUGAAGAUUUAGAGAAUGAGGAGGUUGACAUGUAA